UUCUCCAUUGCGAAUGCCCAGCUUGUGGGCGGAUGCUGUGUCUCCAGUGAAGUGCAACACCUACGGGGGUCGUUGCCUGUCUCCCUCUCCGCUCCCUUCUCUCCAGUCUCUCCGUCACGGUCUGUCUGGAAUGGUGACUCUGCCGCCGAGACACGGACCGAAUCCCUGCAAAUCGGCGAGGCAGGCAGAGUGAAGACCCUCGUCCACUCCGCCCAGAGCCCUGCCCUCCCCUCCUCACGCACAGGCGACCCGGCGCUCAUCCAGAAGGGGGUUCCCCUCGUCUCGCUGAGAUAGGGAGGAUUGUGCGGCGAGAACGGCUGUGCUCAUCAAGAACCUGCAGAACAGGAAUAGCAGAGACACCAUGGAAGUGUACUUGUUUGUUCUGUGCUGCGGGCUAAUUCAAGUAGCUGUUGCUGGAAAUUCGACUGACAUGGGGAAAGAUCAGUUUUAUUACGAUUACGAGACUCUGCGGAUUGGAGGCCUGGUGUUUGCUGUCAUACUCUUUACUCUUGGCAUCCUACUGAUCUUGAGUCGAAAGUGUCGUUGCAGCUUCAACCAGAAGCCCAGGUCACCAAAUGACGAGGAGGCCCAAGUGGAAACUCUGAUCACCAACAAAGCAACAGAAGCAGCAGCCAAGACAGAGAACUGAUGAGAACCCAUCAUGGGACAAGUCAAUUAAAGACCCAAAGGCUAUGAAUUGAUUGCUUCUUGGACAGGUCUUUGAAGGCCCAUGACUUCGCUCCUGACAACAUGAGGACUCGAAGCUUCGCUCAGUUCACUUCACGGUUCUUGACUUAAAAUGUAUAAACAAUGAUAACAGUAAAUGAUGUAUGAAUCUUGUGCUGUACCGUUGGAUCAUUGCAUUUUACCAUGUGCUGGUCAUCCUCAAAGUGUGCAGUUUUGUCGGGUAGUUAAUAGCAGUUGUGUUUAGUUUGAUAUUUUCCAGUCUUGCCAGAUUGUACUUGCGUAACCGUGGGUGGGUGCAUUUGUGUAUGUGUGUGUUUGUAUAUAUACACGUGUGAGUGCAUCUGGGGAAAUAUGAGUAGGGUGGGGCUCAGUGUUACUCCAUCCCUUCCACAAUAUGGUGGUGUUGCAGUGAUGUCUCUGUGUUAAAUAGAGUGUGUUUAAUGUCGGUGUAUAGCACUGUGAAUCGGUCACUGUGUCUGUGUGCGCUGGUUAUUCAGUGACCUUCACUCACAGUUGAGCUGGUGUGAGAAAGGACAGUUGUAAAAUAAAAUAAAGAAGAUUGCCAAUGAUACCUUGAAAAAUAAAAAGAAGUUACUAAAAUUGACAAAUUAA